AUGGCUCAUCAGUUUCGUACACUACUCGAUCUAUGCCGUAGACGUGGUUUUCUGUACCAAUCAGCUGAAAUCUAUGGUGGUUUACGUGGCGCUUAUGAUUAUGGACCAUUAGGUGUCGAACUUAAAAAAAAUAUUUUGAAUUCAUGGUGGCGUCGCCAUGUCUAUUACCGUGAUGAUGUCGUUGGUAUUGAUACGAGUAUUAUCACACCUCAUCCUGUCUUGAAAGCAUCAGGCCAUGUCGAUGAAUUUACUGAUCUAUUGGUCGACUGUACGCUCAGUAAAGAACGAUUCAGACCUGACAAGGCACCUGCACUCACACUGGAUAAGCGUGGACGUAUCCCUAUUGCAGCACCCGAUAAGACGACAGCUUUGGCAUGGAAAAAGAAACUUGAAGAACAAAACAUAAAAAUAACCAUGGAAGGAAAGCAAUUGUUAUUACAGCCUGUCCAUGUCGUUCAGCCAACACUCACACAGACGGGUAAAAUCGUACUAGAGACAACCACUCAAACACCAUUUGAAGUGGCCUAUCAUGGCUAUGUUGAACCCAACUCCAAUUCGCCUUUCUUGACAGACAGUAGACCUUUUAACCUGAUGUUCAAGACAUUCCUGGAUCCUAUUGAUCCCAUUGAUAAAGUGAUCCAAACCACCUUGAAAGAAAAAGACACAACACAAGUACGACACGCUGUUGACCAAGUCCUUAGACCGAGUACAGUCUACCUUCGACCAGAGACAGCACAAGGUGUGUUUGUCAAUUUUGAACAAGUGGUGCGUACCAUGAAGACAAAACCACCUUUUGGUAUUGCUCAAGUAGGCAAGUCAUUUCGAAAUGAAAUUCGAUUAGAGCAUGGUAUUUUCCGUACGCCUGAGUUUGAGCAGAUGGAACUCGAGUAUUUUGUUGCACCUUAUGAAUCCCAACAGUGGUUUGAAUAUUGGCGUAAAGAAAGAUAUCAGUGGUGGUUAGAACACGCUUGUCACCCAGAGAACUUUAGACAGCGUGAUCAUGGUCAGCAUGAAAUGGCACAUUAUGCCACAGGAUGCACUGAUGUCGAAUACAAUUAUCCUUGGGGAUGGGGUGAAGUAGAGGGAGUAGCUCAUCGCGGUAAUUAUGAUUUGACACAGCAUGUACAAAACACAGGUGCCAAUUUCUAUGUGGAAGAUCCUUCUUUGCCUGAAAAGAAAUACAUGCCCCAUGUCGUUGAGAGUUCGUGUGGUUUGAAUCGUGCCAUGCUGGCUUAUUUAUGUGAUGCGUUCCAUCAAGUACAGGAAGAAAAGGGUGCUCGUUAUGUGCUUAAGCUUCAUCCUCGCUUGGCUCCUAUUAAAUGUGCUGUUAUGCCCUUGACAGGCAAAGAAGAAUUCAAUCCAUUGGUCCAAAAAGUAGCUAAAUCACUUAGACGCCAUGGUUGGUAUACAGUGGUUGAAUCACAGAAACUCAAGAUUGGCAAGCGUUAUUAUCGUCAUGAUGAAAUUGGUACACCUUGGUGUGUGACAGUAGACUAUCAAAGCCUAGAAGAUGAGACUGUCACUGUACGCGAUAGAGAUACUGGUGAGCAACAAAGACUGCAUUGGAAGCAAAUACAAAGAUUUAUUGGUGAUCAACUGAUGGAGGACAUGUAA